AAGUGUUAUAUCGCGUAGACACAACAGUGUUCAAGUUGGCUUAUAUAAACAUUUGUCUAGAGUAUGCCAUAGAUUCCCAUAAAAACAAGCUGAGAAGUAACUCUUAUAUUCAGAGAGAGAAAGAGAAAAGAAAGAGAGCGAGAGAUGAAGAAUGUCCAAGCUGAAUACCGUAAAGGACCGUGGACAGAACAAGAGGACAUCCUCUUGGUCAACUUUGUCCACAUGUUCGGAGAUCGAAGAUGGGAUUUUGUAGCAAAAGUUUCAGGUUUAAAUAGAACAGGAAAGAGUUGCAGGCUAAGGUGGGUUAAUUACCUACAUCCCGGUCUUAAACGUGGUAAGAUGACUCCUGACGAAGAGCGUCUUGUCCUUGAGCUUCACGCCAAAUGGGGAAACAGGUGGUCGAAAAUAGCCCGGAAAUUACCGGGUCGAACCGAUAAUGAGAUAAAGAAUUAUUGGAGGACUCAUAUGAGGAAAAAGGCACAAGAGAAGAAGCGGCCUAUGUCGCCAGCUUCCUCAUCUUCAAACUUCUGCUCAUCAUCUAUGACCACCGCAACUACUCAAGACACUGGAGGAUCUAAAGGGAAAAUGAAUCAAGAAUGUGAAGACAGAUACUACUCUAUGGAUGACAUAUGGAGAGAGAUUGAUCAAUCUGGUGAAAGCAUUACAAAACCGGCAGAGCAAAGCUGCUACUUGAACUUCCCUCCUCUGGCUUCUCCAGCAUGGGAAAGCUCCUUGGAGUCUAUAUGGAACAUCGAUGCAGAUGAAAGUAAGAUGUCUUCCUUUGCCAUUGAUCAGUUUCCUCUCACUUUUGAGCAUGGUAGAUCAUCGUGGUCGUCUUUAGUCUAGGAUUUUUAACAUUUUAAUGUUUAUAUGUGCUGCCUAUAUAUAUUGUCAAACGACUGUUGUAGUAUUCCAUGACUUACAUAAGAAAACACCACCCACUGUACUAAUAUCACGUGUAGUCAGAAUCAUCAUCCUAUGUCAUCUCCUUCAUGUAUGUUAGUUUGUAGAGUGCGUGAAAAAAAAAUCAUAUCCAUCUCUUCUUCUUACACGGAUGCCUUUGCAUCAUUGCAUGGAUACUAAUGUAUAAUACAAGUAAAAAUUCUAUUUCCA